GACGCCGCCCCCGUGGCUUACUGGCAGCUGCUGGUAUCUUCCUAGAAACGGAACCAGCCCUCAAGCUUUGACCUUCUCUUCCACAAAACCAAAAACUCCACUUCUCACCUAAAAUCUUCAUCGCAAAAACGAACUCUUUCACAAGAAUAUAUAUUAUUAAAAAAUAAAAAUAAAAAAAAUCAUGAUUACAAAGCCACAAGAACCUCCCAACGUUGAAAAAGUUCUCAUCUUUGACCAGUCUUCAAAACCAGGAACAAACAAUAGAGAAAAGCAAAAACCCAAACUUUCACAGAAAAAGACCCGAAACCCAUUCUUUAUAUGCAUGGAAAAUCCUCGUUCUUAGAAUUUCUUCGCUGGGUUCUUAUUAUUUUCAAUUGGGUUUUAAUCCUUUGAUGAAAGUUUGAGGAGGAAAAAAAAAAAGUCUCUGAAAAUUAAAAAAAAAAAAAAAAAACUGAGUCUUUGAAUUUCGCAAAUGGCUAAGAAGUCCUCGACCGUGGCUCUGAAAGCCGCCCAGAACGCUAUUCAGUCCAUUGGGUUGGGGUACGAUCUCACCGUUGACUUGCGUCUCAAGUACUGUAAAAACUGCUCGCUUCCCGACCCUAGACUCAUCGCCGUCGACGACGAUCAGCUACGGGACAUAGCCAUUCCAGGCGGAUUUUGCAUUCCCCAUGUGCCCAAAUCCAUCAAAUGCGAUAAAGGGGAGCGGAUGAGGUUCGGCUCUGAUGUUCUUUCUUUUCAGCAGAUGUCAGAGCAAUUUAAUCAGGAAUUGUCUUUGUCCGGUAAAAUUCCAACGGGUCAUUUCAAUACUGCUUUUGAAUUUACUGGUGGUUGGCAAAAAGAUGCUGCCAACACUAAAUCCCUAGCGUUUGAUGGAGUUUCCAUCACCCUGUACAAUAUUGCCCUUGAGAAAUCCCAGGUGGUUUUGCGGGAUCAUGUGAGGCAAGCUGUUCCAUCUUCAUGGGACCCUGCUGCUUUGGCAAGGUUUAUCGAAAAGUAUGGUACUCAUGUUAUAGUUGGCGUGAAAAUGGGGGGAAAGGACACAAUUUAUGUGAAGCAGCAGCACUCGUCUCCUCUCCAACCUGCUGAGCUACAAAAAAAACUAAAAGAUAUGGCAGACAAAAUCUUCAUAGAUGGAAGUGGUCAGAACAGAAUGAAUUCUGAGAAAUUCAAUGAGAGAGAGAAGUUUAUGAAGGAGCAUUCACUUAGUAUCUCGGACACACUUCCAUCCAGCUCUUACUCCUGUAUAGAGUUGCAAGAUAUUAAAUUCAUGUGCAAGAGGAAAGGUGGAAACUUGAAUAAAAAUCUACUUCACAGUGACUGGUGCCAGACUGUUCAGUAUGAACCUGAUGUAAUCUCAAUGUCAUUAGUUCCUAUCACCUCUUUACUUAGUGGACUUAAUGGGAGUGGAUUUUUAACGCAUGCUAUUAAUCUGUAUCUUCGAUAUAAACCACCCAUUGAAGAGUUGCAUCAGUUUUUGGAGUUUCAACUUCCGAGGCAAUGGGCACCAGUAUUUGGUGAGCUUGCCCUUGGUCCUCAGAGGAAGCAGCAAAGUAAUGCAUCUUUACAAUUUAGCUUCAUGGGCCCUAAGCUCUAUGUUAACACAACUCCGGUUGAUGUGGGUAAGAAGCCAGUGACUGGCCUCCGAUUGUAUUUGGAAGGGAAACGAAGCAACAGCUUAGCAAUUCACUUGCAGCAUCUUUCAUCGCUGCCCAAGACAAUUGAACUUCGUGAUGAAGGUGGGGGCAACAUGUCUCGUCCAUCUUCUGAUCGUAGGUACUACGAAAAGGUUCAGUGGAAGAGUUUCUCCCAUGUCUGCACAGCCCCUGUCGAGGCCAAUGAUGAUCUGUCUAUUGUCACUGGGGCUCAAUUCGAAAUUGGAGAUUCUGGGCUAAAGAAAGUUUUAUUCUUGCGACUUCGUUUCUCUAAAUUUACCAAUGCUACAGCUGUGAGACAACCUGUGUGGGAUGGUUCACCUGGCUUGGCCCAGAAAUCCGGAAUAAUUUCAUCUCUUAUUAGCACACGCUUCUCCUCCGCUGCUCAAAAACCACCCCCAAAGCCAUCUGAUGUGAACAUUAACUCUGCUGUGUACCCUGGUGGUCCUCCGGUGCCCACUCAGACACCCAAACUUCUUAGGUUUGUAGACACAACAGAAAUGACACGAGGGCCGCAGGACUCACCUGGCUAUUGGGUUGUAUCUGGUGCGAGGCUUAUUGUUGAUAAGGGUAAAAUAUCUCUUCAAGUAAAGUAUUCUCUUCUCACAGUGAUUUUACCUGAUGAGGAGGUGUCAGAAGAAUUCUGAUGGGAAACUAUUGGACGGGAAUAAUGGUAAAAAGAACAAGAGAAUUGAAUGGUUUAUCCUUAGGAAAGAGAAUGGGGGUUGGAUUCGGUUGUUUUUUUCUUCUGUAUUUUUUAUGUUCAUAUUUUCAUUAGAGAGAAUGCGUUAAAAUGUUGUAUGAGUUGUUGUAUAUAAAAUUUUUUUACAUGUAUUUUUGGUUUGUAAAUUUUACUUGAUUUCCUGUAGGUACUCCUUUAUGGUGCGAAUAUUUGAAUAUUUGAUUUGGAAGAGCUUCUUCUUCUUCUUA